AAUGCCGAAUUCCAACGCUCGAGGAGCCCCGCUCUGUCCUGUGGUGGGAGGGUCGAUGUCUCAAGAGACUGGAAGGAGACCUCGAGAGAUCCAAUUGUGAGCUCUGUAUUCUCCCUAAUUCCAAGAAGAGGGUCAGUGAACUCUUCAGCUCCAUAUCCUUUUUGGUGUUCCUACCGGCGAUCUUGAAGAUGCUCUGUACACCUUGGUCCGACUUUGGCAGUCAGAUUGAAUGCUGCGAUUAAGUUUUACGAGACGGAAUUUCGGGAUCUCUCAGAAGCCGAAUGUGUCUGGUGUAGAAUUUUGUAUAGCACGAACUUGAAGUUCACCGUGUCCAGCAUGCACUUCAGUCUUCUGGAAGCAUCAGCUAUUCCUUAAUUCCUCAAACAGACACAGUUCGAUGUUCGUUUUCUUGAGAGUUGUGUGGCUGAGAGUUUAGAGGUUUCGUUCUCGCGUAGAAGACGUAGGGUUCUUUUCUAUGUGUUUCGCUUUUCCUCCGAGGAAUGUAGUCGAGGGCGAGUAAAUCUCAGUAAUAUUGUCCGACAGUGAGCAGGAACGGAGACAGCUGUGAUCGAGAUGACGGACUCUCAGACGACCACCACUACGACUGGAAAGAUUGAGAGCUUACUAGAGGCCCACGAAACCCUGAGUGCAUCGGCGGACCCUAAACCCGAAGAUCUCCCACCUCAUGCUCGGGUCGUUGUGCAUACCGAUGUUCCUUACGCUCCCAGAUGCCGAUUCUUUCCUGGAAAGGCCAAGGAAAUGAUUGGGGCCAUUCUAAAGGAAAAGCUAACGGGCGCCACAUACGAUGCAGAUACCGCCCCUAUGUGCGUUCGUGAGAUCACAGACGCAAUCAAGGCAAAGCUCAAAGAGAUGGAUCUGGACAGAUACAAGUUGGUUGUACAGGCUGUGCUCGGGGAGCAACGAGGUCAAGGCUUUCAAAUGUCUUGUCGAUGCUUUUGGGAUCCCAAUACUGAUAAUUACGCACACGAGUCCUUCGCCAACGACUCCAUCUUUUGCGUGGCCGGUGCAUUUGCCAUGUAUUUAUACUGAUUUUAGCCCGCUGUAAACUAAGACUUCCUAGAGAUUUGUUGAAUUCCGUCAUGAUUAAGGCGGGCUUCUACUCGUUUGAUUGAUAGGGAUAUCCGGACCCUGUACUGCGGCCUCGAUCCAUAUUUGGGUCAUUGCUGUGACAGAUGUGUGGACAGUGAGAUAAACACUAUCAUCAUUGUUUAAUGGACAACCUAUGACAAUAGUUCAGGGCUAGAGCAAGAUCAGAGCCGAAAGGAUAUCAUAAACAUUCAUAAGUUGUUUUAGGCACAUCCACUUACGGAGUGUAUUAUACGUCGAAAGAAGCUGUCCAGAUUUCAGUCUUACAGGUGGUUGCUUCUCGCGACAUUGUUAUCGAGGUAGGAACGCAGGACUAGAGAGUAGUAGAAAAGAGGUCAAUCUUUGAGGGUUCUCCGCCUCAACAUGUGUCACUGGCUCCUUCGGAAGUGCCUGGAAUCUUGGUAUUCUUGCUAUUUUUC